GGGAAUGGGGAGUUCCGGAACCUGGGCAUGCGUGUCGAAAAAAUAAGGAAGGAGCCCGCAGGUGUAGAAAAAAGAUGGGAGGAGGAGGAGCAGAAGAGGGAAUGGGAUGGUCACCAAAUGGUGCACCACUUUACAUACAAAAAGAUGAUCACUGGAGGCACUUUGAUAACUCAGUCAAUGCUGUGUCUUUUGGGUUUGUGGCCACUGCAAUUCUCAUCUCAAUGUUUCUAGUAAUGGCGAUCUUUGAGAGGUUCCUCAGACCAACAUCAUCAGCUUUGACACCGUCUGCUGGGCGCAGACAUCCUCAUGACAUCGAAUCCCAUAUUGGGUUUGCAGGAAAACUUUGUCAUCCAUCACCCAAAAUGCCUAUAAGUGCCAGAGAGGUGUCUGUUCUAAUGCCUGGAGAAGACAUGCCUACCUUUAUAGCGCACCCUGCUCCUGCGCCUUGUCCUCCUGAGCGAAUUCGAUGGCCUUCUCAUCAACAUCAUUCCUUUCCAAAGAGCGCCAUGGACCCAAAUGCAAGUACAUCCUCAGGCUCAAUGUGACAGCAACAAACUUCCAACCAAAAAAAAAAAAAA